UUCUUCUAAAACAACUAUAGCACCUACGACAACAUCCCCUUUGACAACUGCAGCUCCUACAACAACAACUGAAGCUGCUUCCACAAGCACUACUUCAGCCCCUACUGCAACCACAGCUGAAGCUUAUUCUACAACAACUACUGCAGCCCUUACUGGAACCACAACUGAAGCUUCUUCUAAAACAACUACAGCACCUACGACAACCACAACAAUCUCCCCUUCGACAACUGUAGCUCCAACAACGCCAAUCACAACCGAAGGUCCUACUACCAUUUUAACUCCUACGACAACCACAACUGUAGCACCUACGACAAAGACAACAACAUCCUUUUCGACAACUGCAGCUCCAACAACUGUAGUUCCUACAACGCCAAUCAAAACUGCAGGACCUACUACCAUUGUAAGUCCUACGACAAACACAAAUGUAGCUCCUACAGCAACCACAACAGCAGCUAGUACAACAAAUGUAGCUCCAACGAUCACUACAACUGCAGCAGCACCAACUGUAGCUGCAUCCACAACCACUACUGCAGCCCCUAUGGCAACAACAACUCUAGCUACAAUAGCAAGCACAACAGUAGCUGCUACGACAACCACUGCCGCUUCUAUAAAAUCUACAACAAGCGCAACAGUAACCCCUACGGCAACAACUACAGCUUCUUCUACGACAAAAAUUGUAGAUCCUGCGACCACCACAAAUGAUGCAGCUACUACAACAACCGCAGCUCCUACAAUUCCAACUGUAGCUUCUUCCACAAGGACAAGUACAGCCCCUACUGGAACCACAACAGAAGCUUCUUCUAUAACAGCUGUAGAAACUACGACGACCACAACAACAUCCCCUACGACAACUGCAGCUCCUACUACAACCACCGGAGCUCCUACGGACACUUCAACAGCAGCAGCUCUUACAACAACAACUGAAGCUGCUUCCACAAGCACUACUGCAGCCACUACUGCAACCACAACAGAAGCUUAUUCUACAACAACUGUAGAAACUACAACAACCACAACAACAUCCCCUACGACAACUGCAGCUCCUACUACAACCACCGGAGCACCUACGGCCACUUCAACAGCAGCAGCUCUUACAACAACAACUGAAGCUGCUUCGACAAGCACUACUGCAGCCCCUACUGCAACCACAACUGAAGCUUCUUCUACAACAACUACAGCACCUACGACAACCACAACAAUCUCCCCUUCGACAACUGUAGCUCCAACAACGCCAAUCACAACCGAAGGUCCUACUACCAUUUUAACUCCUACGACAACCACAACUGUAGCACCUACGACAAAGACAACAACAUCCUUUUCGACAACUGCAGCUCCAACAACUGUAGUUCCUACAACGCCAAUCAAAACUGCAGGACCUACUACCAUUGUAAGUCCUACGACAAACACAAAUGUAGCUCCUACAGCAACCACAACAGCAGCUAGUACAACAAAUGUAGCUCCAACGAUCACUACAACUGCAGCAGCACCAACUGUAGCUGCUUCCACAACCACUACUGCAGCCCCUACUGCAACCAUAACUGAAGCUUCUUCUACAACAACUAUAGCACCUACGACAACAUCCCCUUCAACAACUGCAGCUCCUACUACAACAACUGUAGCUGCAUCCACAACCACUACUGCAGCCCCUAUGGCAACAACAACUCUAGCUACAAUAGCAAGCACAACAGCAGCUGCUACAACAACCACUGCCGCUUCUAUAACAUCUACAACAAGCGCAACAGUAACCCCUACGGCAACAACUACAGCUUCUUCUACGACAAAAAUUGUAGAUCCUGCGACAACCACAAAUGAUGCAGCUACUACAAGAACCACAGCUCCUACAACUCCAACUGUAGCUUCUUCCACAAGGACAAGUGCAGCCCCUACUGCAACCACAACAGAAGCUUCUUCUACAACAGCUGUAGAAACUACGACGACCACAACAACAUCCCCUACGACAACUGCAGCUCCUACUACAACCACCGGAGCUCCUACGGCCACUUCAACAGCAGCAGCUCUUACAACAACAACUGAAGCUGCUUCCACAAGCACUACUGCAGCCACUACUGCAACCACAACAGAAGCUUAUUCUACAACAACUGUAGAAACUACAACUACCACAACAACAUCCCCUACGACAACUGCAGCUCCUACUACAACCACCGGAGCACCUACGGCCACUUCAACAGCAGCAGCUCUUACAACAACAACUGAAGCUGCUUCCACAAGCACUACUGCAGCCCCUACUGCAACCAUAACUGAAGCUUAUUCUACAACAACUAUAGCACCUACGACAACAUCCCCUUCAACAACUGCAGCUCCUACUACAACAGCUGUAGCUGCUUCCACAACCACUACUGCAUUACCUAUUGCAACCAGGACUGCAGCUUCUUCCACAACUACUACUGAGGCCCUUACUGCAACCACAACUGAAGACAACAACAUUCUUUUCGACAACUGCAGCUCCAACAACUGUAGCUCCUACAACGCCAAUCAAAACUGCAGGACCUACUACCAUUGUAAGUCCUACAACAGACACAAUCGUAGCUCCUACAGCAACCACAACAGCAGCUACUACUACAACAACCGCAGCUCCUACAAUUCCAACUGUAGCUUCUUCCACAAGGACAAGUGCAGCCCCUACUGCAACCACAACAGAAGCUUCUUCUAUAACAGCUGUAGAAACUACGACGACCGCAACAACAUCCCCUACGACAACUGCAGCUCCUACUACAACCACCGGAGCACCUAUGGCCACUUCAACAGCAGCAGCUCAUACAACAACAACUGA